UGAAGGCGAGGGUUUCAUUUGUACCUGGAGAACGUGGUCUGUUCGUGGUGAAUGGCAAAGACAAAAAGACCGCGUCUUGUAGGAGUAAACGAUUAUAUCCUCGCUAUCGCAUCUGCAGGAACUAGUGAAACAGAUUGUGUGUGGUCGCUGCCCCCGUCAUGGCCGUAUUUCCGUGGCCCUCGCGGUGAACAGAACGAUCGUGACUGGAUCAACAAAACGCGAGCAGGGCAGGACGAGUCCUCGGGGGUGCAGCUACUGUUGCUUGUAGACAUUUCGAGGGGUGUUGUUGCAACAAAACGACGGACAGCAUGCAUUUCGGCCUCGGCGGCGCCCCACCACCCGGCCAGGGUCAGCAGGUACCAAUACCAUGCAUGCAGGACACGUGAAUAAUAAUUUUCUUGUUCAUUUAAUGUGAAUGUCUUUCAUGCUCGCCAUGACCACACAGCCAAGCAGCCGAGAAAAAAACUUUUUGGUGCAUUCCCGUGAAGGUUUAUGUUCUUAUUUUGACGUCGCAAGAAAAAGUAAAAGACUUAGAAUCCGGAGGGAUGCGGAAUGACGUGGAGAUUGCACAAAAACCCAUGACACCCACACGACCAUGAGAAUGCACUAUAAUUGACACAAAUCUACUUCAGGGCGGUGCGCCGUACUUCGCGGCGUCUCCUUUUGAGUCCAACCAACCCGGCGGUGUACCUGCCGCGCAGCAAUACCUCCGCAAACCCCUGGCUCAAGUCACUGCCUUUGUGAAUGACAGCAGUUAUUGUAAUGACGCUCGAACUUCCAGUACAGCUAGUUUGCAUGAUGGCCUCAGGCCGAACUGCAUGCUGCGUACGGUGCACUACUUCUCUGGAACCGUGUUUCCCUGCCGAAAAACUUUUUGAUAUUUUGUACUUUUGGUCACAGCCAAUAUCAAUAUAUGAGAAGUUAGUAGCUGCUUCUCGAGAUGAACGCAGGUCGGGACAACGUUUUAGUUCCCUUCCGCCCACGUACAAUUAGCAUGACCUUAGUAUUAUCGACCACGACUAAACUACAAUCCGUUUCUAGUGGCUGAACCCAGGAUUUUCUUACCUUUGACAAAAAACAACCCGCGCCGCCGCAGCCUUUCGCCAUGAACAACAAACCAAUACAGUUGGGGCUUUCAUUCCCCACGUUGAGUCUGAACAAGAAGCCCGCCUUUCCCUCCACGCGGUUGAGCCCGCCGCAACCGGUCGGGGGUGUGGAACAACAGUCCGAAGUCGGCGCAUCUUCCGCUCCCGGCGGCGCGCCGGAAAACCUGUCGCCGGACGUCGGCGCAGAGCAAGUAGGGGUCGUGGCAGGGGGUGAACAGCCGCAGCAGCACUUUCCCACGGCAACCGCCCCAUCCGCAUUCGGCACGCGCCCGAGUUUCCUCCUGAAGACGCCCGCGACGCUACAGGCACCAGUGCUGGGCGGCGGACUAAACCAGCAAAAUCCUAUGGCGGCUGCUGGUACUGUUGGCGGCGGCGCACCGGUCGCCACGAUGGCACCCAUCGGGACGAUGCAGAUAGGAGGCUUUCCGGCGGGACCGGUACGAACUGCAAAAGUAUCGUACUAGUUAGUCAAACCGCAUGAUCAGAAAUUUUAUCGGCAUCAAAAAAGCAACUCGUAGUUGUAAUGCUGAUUGUGCUUGAGAAGGAGGGACGUUUGUCAUGAAAUAAAUGACCGUAAUGCUACUAACGUACGAGUACGAUGCUUUUGCAGAGGAUAACCGGGUCUGAUGAACAAAAGUUUCCUGAUGAACCAGCAGCCCCCGCCACCGCAAGGGCCGCCGAAAAAGCUGAUUGCCCGCGUGAUAUGGAAUGCAAAAGUAUCGUACUCGUAUAAAUGCAUUACAAAUUUCCUCAGCAUGAGGAAGAAGAUUUGUAAUGCAGAUUUGCCUUGGGAACAAGAGUUGUAAUGCAAGACUUGCAUUUAUACGAGUACGAAACUUUUGCAGGGGAUGCGUCAUCAUCGCCGACGACUUCGAGCCGGAUCUGGCACUGGUCGACUCGAACGGCAACGGGGACUCCACCAACGACGACCAACCGCUGGCCCAGGGCGGCACGGGCGGGGCACUGUGCGAGCUCACGUGCGUGGAGUCAUCGGUCGACGUGCAGCUGUUGAACGCCGCGACCAACGAGCCGGUGCAGAACAGCAUCAACCUGCCGGUCCGGUUUCUCAACCUGCACUUGAACAACUGCGCCUACGAGAACGGGAUCGAGAGGCAGGUCGAGGAGAAGGCGCUGCUGAAGUAUCCAGGAAAAAACACCCAUCCCUAUCCAUUUUUUACAUGACAAACAUUACAAAUUAUGCAUGUUUUGCAUGACAAAGUGGAUGGGGAUGGGUGUUUUUUCCUGGAUACGAAGUGUCCGCUCGGGAAGUACGCCGACGUGCCCUCGCUCCGGAUCCAGCUGUGCGUAUGCAUUGCAAAAGUAUCGUUCUCGUAGUAAUUGCAGUCAUCCACCAUUGCAAAUGCAAAUCUCGCUUUUAAAGGCAAAUCCGCAUAUACAAACUUCAUCUGUAAAAAUGCGAAGGAAAUUUGUCAUGCGGCUUCUACUACUAGACUACGAUACUUAAUGCAAUGCAUAGUGCGGCUCCAGUGGCAAGGUGGGGUUUGUGGACCGCGGCCGCGGCGACUCCCCCGCAAAUAACGCGGCACCGGCGGGGCUGCUCGGCGGUACAGCCCACCAGCAGCGCUUCAAGCCGAAAAAGGGCGUAUCACCAGAAAAAAGCGUUACAGGUACACAUUUGUUGGAGUUUCUGCAUCACAAAUUUCCUCUGUGUGGCAGACAAAACUUGUAAUGCAAAGAUCAUAAGGGAAAAUACGUAGGAAACGGAGCUCGCAAGCAUUGCCUGCAUGACAAAGGUUGUCUGUCUUGCGGCUCCUGCAACUCAAUGUGUAACUGUAACACUUUUUUCUUGCGAUAGGGCGAGGGGAUCUUCCAGUACGCGCUGCAUUUCGAGGCGGACGCGGUGGCGGAGGGAACCCCGGAAUCGGACGACAAGGAAUUGUUCCUCGACAUCAAGUGCAUGCUCACGGGCGUCAUCACGGCUAUGAUCCUAGAAAGAUGUUUUCGGAAGUCAACGCGAUGUAGUUGCUGGCGCAUGAAGAUCUUUGAGGGAUCAUGUUCAUGCGGAUGUGCUGCCGCCGCGCAAUGUGUAUAGUUGAAUGCGUUUUCAUAUAUUUCUUUGGGCUACCGCGGCUCCUGUCGUGGACCAUCCUACUUCUAAAAAGUCUAGCGAUAUUAACAUCGAGUUGACUCGUUCGAAGUGAUUUGCUAGGAUACUUCUCUCGAAGCUGGAUGAUACCGACGUGGAGGAGGAGGAAUGAGCUGCAGGAUUGGUCUGUAGUCGUGUUUUUCAGUUCGUCUUUACGCUUUUGCUUCUACUAGGACCUACCCGAGUGCCCUCUUGUCUUCUUUUAUUCGGGCAACACCAGGGCCUCAUCUUCAUGUGUGUUUGUGUCAUAUCCCUGGCGAGGAAGGCUAUCUCGAACCUUCUCUCGCAGGUGGUUCAGUGCAGCUUCUACAUUUGAUCAAUGGCAGAAAAGAUAAAGAGCUCUCAAUUGUAAGAAGUAUAUUCUGCCCUCUGAAACCGAAGACGAGAAAAGCUACACUUUUUCUGCUGCUUAGCAAGCGAGACGUCGCCAGAUAGCAUGCGACGCUCCUUGUUUGUUGCAGUCGGGCAUACUCCGUAUCUAUAGUGCAUUGAGGCGUUGCCUUCUUGUUUGUCCAU